GCUGCAUCGCCACGACUGAUGCCUAUUUGGCGUGUUAGUUCGGUACCGUGUGCGAUAAGAUCCCAAAGCUUCUAGAGGUAACCAACGAAGAGAAGGGAGCAGAGGAGAGAGAUCGAUCGAUCGAUUGAUCGCCACCAUGUGGGCUGCAUCGUGUCUGGCGUCCUGUUGCGCGACCUGCACCUGCGGGCUCUGCACCUCCGUCGCUGCCGGUAUCUCCCGCCGUUCCGCCCGCCUCGGCUACUGCGGCCUCUUCGCCCUUUCCCUCAUAAUCUCCUGGAUCCUCCGCGAGGUCGCCGCCCCCCUUCUCGAGAAGAUCCCAUGGAUAAAUACUUUCACCCAUGCCCCACCAAAAGAAUGGUUUCAGACCAAUGCUGUCCUUCGUGUCAGUCUAGGGAAUUUCUUGUUCUUUGCAAUAUUUGCUCUGCUUAUGAUUGGUGUCAAGGACCAGAAUGACAAACGAGAUUCAUGGCACCAUGGUGGAUGGAUCGUGAAAAUUAUUAUCUGGGCACUGCUCAUUGUUCUUAUGUUUUUCCUUCCAAACAUAGUCAUUACAAUCUAUGAAACAUUGUCAAAAUUUGGAUCUGGUUUUUUUCUUUUGGUUCAAGUGGUCAUACUUCUCGAUUUUACGCACACAUGGAAUGAUGCAUGGGUCGAGAAAGAUGAGCAGAAAUGGUAUGUUGCUUUGCUGUCUAUAACAGUAGUGUGCUACCUAGCAACAUAUGCAUUCUCGGGAGUGCUCUUCAUGUGGUUCAACCCCUCUGGUCAUGAUUGUGGUCUCAAUGUUUUCUUUAUCGUCAUGACAAUGAUUCUUGCUUUUGUCUUUGCUAUUGUUGCACUACACCCUCAGGUGAACGGGAGCCUCUUGCCUUCCUCUGUAAUCUCAAUUUAUUGUGCAUACCUAUGCUACAGUGGUCUUUCGAGUGAGCCGAGAGACUAUGCAUGCAAUGGUCUUCAUAAUCAUGUGAAACAAGUUUCCACUGGUACGCUGGUUCUCGGAAUGCUCACAACAGUUCUCUCUGUUGUCUAUUCUGCUGUUCGGGCAGGAUCGUCUACUACUUUUCUAUCACCACCAUCUUCUCCAAAAUCAGGUUCGAGAAGUCCACUGCUCGAAGCUGGUGAUGCAGAAUCAGGAAAACCAGAAAAGAAAGAAAAUGAAGCACGGCCAGUUAGCUAUUCAUACACGUUCUUCCACCUUAUCUUUGCCCUAGCCAGUAUGUACUCAGCCAUGCUUCUCACCGGAUGGAGUGGUUCAAUCUCUGAAAGCUCAGAGCUGAUUGAUGUCGGAUGGACAUCGGUAUGGGUGCGGAUCUGCACCGAGUGGGCUACUGCUGCCCUAUAUAUCUGGACUCUGGUUGCUCCUUUGAUCUUGCCCGACCGUGAAUUCUACUAAGCCAUAAAUCUGCAUGUUAAAAAGAUUGUACCACAGUAACACCUACCAGACUCUGGAAAUAUAUUUAUGUUUGUGUCUGCCAUAUGUGAGAAGCAGGAAAGUUGCAGAAUACACAUGUAUAUAUUAUAUAUUAUCACAGUUGAACUUGAUUCGUGGUGUAUGUCACUUCAAAUUGUGAUCUUUUAUCAAAUGGUCAAUAACCAAUUUCUAGUUGUGCUCUUUAA